AAUGCUAAAGUUGCAUUAAUCUUGAAUUGUGGGAAUUCUUUUGUUUGUUCCUUAGGCAUUAGAAGGACAAAUAUUAUGCUUACGGUAUAGGAUAGUAAUGCAUGGAAUUGCAAGAUCUCACUAAAAAGUGAAAGAUUUUUUUCAUUGUUUGAAAGAAUCUCAAACUUUUUCUCAUUGAAAAUGCUAAACAGUCAGAAGUCAUGUGAGAACUUCAGUCAUGUAUAAAUUUUUGUCUCCCCUAUCAGCAUGGAUAUGCUUUAUUGAUUACAGUCAAGUACAUAAUAUAAAAUAGAGAUAUUAGCAGAGAUACUCUUUUUGACACCACACUUGUCACAAAAAGCUGGCCUAGCUCAAGGAAAGGAUAAAAUUUCAAACAAGAGAAAUAAAGACGGUGGCUGACUGCCCUGCUCCGGAUGUCUAUUUUGUCAACGAUGAGAACAAUAUGCUGUGUUUUAAAGUUCUUCUUAUUGGCCCUGAGAACACUCCUUAUGAAGGAGGGUUCUUCCAUUUCUAUGUCAGGUUGGGCCCCAACUACCCAGUGGAACCUCCUCGAGUGUGCUUCAUGUCUGGCUACCGCUUUGGACACUUGGUACGCUUCAGUCCCAACUUCUAUCGUAAUGGCCACAUCUGCAUCAGUAUACUCAACACAUGGCCUGGUGAACCAUGGAAUCCUGACAUGGACCUGCGCUCUCUGUUUUUGGGCAUCAGAUCGCGGAUGACAAAUGAGGCACUUUGCAGGGAGCCAAGAUUUGAAGUGUUUGAAGGCCGUGGCACGAGAGAAGUGUGGCUGUACGACAUGUACAUACGUCACGAGACAUUGCGCGUGACUGUGGUGCAUGGACUACGCACGUGGCAGAAGUACGACAUCCCUGCCAAGCUCGUGCGCCACAUGGUUGCCAACUUCUUCGAGCAUUACGUUUCUUAUGUGUCAUCCUGCCACACGUACAAAGUCUUCGAUGGAUCCGCGUACCAAGUUCCUCUGGUACCCGAGGUCUUCAAGCCAAACUUCACGAACAUUCUCAAGGAUAUCAUCAAGCUGCAUCAAGAACUCCUGCCUUUCAAGGACCGAAUCUUUGGUUCUUAGAGCAUGUUUCUGGCAGGACUUCUACUUUUGAAAACACAGAGCACAAAGCAGGGAAAAUUCAUUGUUUCAUUUAUGAGGAGUUAUACGUGAUUUUUUUAUAUGUUUUGAUAUUAUGUUCUCCUAGUACUUGAAUAUGCGAUUAAAAAAAAUUAUACAGCCCUCUAAAUAAAUAAAUAGCAAAUAUGAUUUAUAAUGAUCUAGCUGAUAGGUAGUCAAUCAUCAGAUGAUCAUUACAGUUUUAUUGAGUUCUAGAUUAAGAAUAACUGAUUGUUGACUUCACUCGGUAGCUCUUUCAUUUAUAAAUUAUGGGAUCUGUGUCAUCCUCUUGAUUGUUUUAGUGAUGGCACAU